ACUAAGAUGCGCGCCUAGUUGAAGGAGGUUCUCCACACCCGCGUGCCUAAAACUUUCUAAUGAAACCCCCCAAAACUUUUUGACGAACAUUAUUUUUGACGCUCUGGAGGUCAAGAGGGUUGUCGACGUAUUAACCCGCGUCUUUUAUUGAAAAGAAAACUUCAGGUAUGUUAGAACUUUCAUCGAAUAUGAGGAACCAAUUCUGAUGACAGAUGACUUUUGGUUUGUUGUUUUAAGAAGUAGCCUGAUAGUGCUGAGAAACUUUUUUUCUUUUAUUUUUUUUUUCUUUUAGUAGAGCUUAGUAGCUUUAGUUUCAGUUGCACAGAGGUAGAUGUGAUUGGCUUAACAAGUACCUUCUCUGUCUGUGAAGAACAUGGAGCCCAGUUCCACAGAGGGAGGAGCUGAAGAGACGCUCCCCAAAAGUUACCCACCAGGUCUUGUAAGUGCUGAAAUUAAACAGAAAACACACAACUUUUAACCUAAUUUCUUCCCUUUAGCACAUUCUUCUUCUUUUACAUGCAAUUAAAGUUAUUUUUACAAACACUACUAUCAUCAUUUACUCAGUAGUCAAGCGCUUUCAUCUGCUGAAUACUCAGACUCAUAGCAUUCUUAUAAACAAUUUACGUCAGAUUCUUUAAAAGGUCAGUUUCUCACGCAUGACUUGUGUCCUGUGGCUCCUCUGGGAUCUGUGUGUCCUGGCCUGAGGAUGCUGAGAGUCAGUGAAUAACAUCUGGCUGUCAGAGUGACCCUCCAGCUCUGCUGUCUGCAGCUGCUGCUCCAAGCAGGAGGGUCCACUCAGAGGAGGUCAGCUCUCCCAACGAGUGCCACAAAGGUCACCAGCGGGUUUAUAAUUUGCAGAAACAGGCGACAGGACCUGCAGUGUGAUGUUCAUUAAUAUGCAGAGCGCUCUCUGGUACUUUGUAGCAUCGGUCAUACUCGGAGCAGAAGGCAUGCCAUUUUUAUUCCUGUGGUAAUUUGAAAGAAAAAUAGGGUCGACUGCAGAACGUAGCAGUUGAGAAUAUGUGUGGUGAGGGCUUUUUUUUCUCUUCUUCUUUCCACCAGCCUCACAAAGUGAUGCUCAAACAUGGACAAGAGCUGGAGGAAGAGCAGGAGGAGUUGGCCGAGCACCAGCCUCUGGAGCAGGAAGACCUGAAUUUUGAGAGGUGGAAGCGUAGGCCGAUACCACAGAGGACACUGCACCAGAAAAUAGACGACCUGAAGACGUACCUGUGGAAUGCAGAGACCAAUGAAUUCAUGGGUCGCUCUGGGAAGAGCUGGAGUGAGUUAAGAGGAAAAAAUAGGUUCUCUAAUGUUAGGAUGUGGAAAAAGGAAGUACUUUAACGCUAACUUUACUUUUACUGCAUGAUUUUAAGAAUUACAGAUCUGAUGUUUGAGUGAUUCGCUUCAUUUAGUUUUAAAAAGGCUUUAAAGCACAUGAGUUUUUAAAAGUUGGAUUAGUUUAAGGGCUGAGAAAUGUCUUCCAAGAGUGUGUGUGUGUGUGUGUGUGUCCGAAUGCUCAAUGUUUACAUAGGUGCAUGGACAAUUCAGAGUGUCCCGACAAAAACAGACUGCCUGGGGACGCAUCCCCAGCGGGAGCGCGCUGUUCUGGGCCUUGCAUUGGCCAGGAAUCACAUUCCUCAUCAUCUUACCAUGCUCUCCAGUGCCUCUUUCCCAAAGCCUCUGGCGACCUCCUUGCUGAACUUAGCAUGCUUAUGGCCUCUCAGUUGCAGUGAAACACGUAGAGGUGUCUUUUUUUAAGUCCACAUAGCUCUCUGCCAAACUGAGCUUUGGUGCAGACAAACCUUUUUUGGCAGAAGUGACAGCCUGGACCAGUUUGUCGAGUCAAUGAUGAUGGGGCAGCCUCUUGGUAUUCCAGAGAAGCUGCCAUCUGACGCAGGCAAGCUCCCCUCCCUUAACUCCACUGUACACAAUGGCAAACAUGAUCCAACUGUGUGUUAAGAGAGAAUAUCCGAGCAAAGUGUGCGUUACUUGCACAAGCUCAGAUGCAGGGCUAACAGAGCUCAUUUCAGCCACAUAACCAGUGUGCACACUUGAAGCGAAGGGAGUGGGGCCCAGUGUGUGCGAUGAAGAAAAGACCCUGAGUUGAAGUCUAUGCUGUGUGUCCUGUGAGACGAGUGUUUAAGAGGACACAAUACCAGAGUGGGGUGAUUGGGGCUCCUUGGAGCUGGCUGAGCCUCUAUGGCUGCAAAAGACCUUCACUACGAUGGCAACCGGAGGUUCACUGUGUUCCUAAGUGAAAGGACAGCUGGGAGAAUUCUCACUGAGCUCAAACAGAAAGGCCUUUGUGGCUCUGGGGACGCAAGGCUGGCUGUAGCUAGUCCCCUGUGAAAUUGCCCGAACAGCAAAAGCCAUUUCAUUUAGGGCACGUUUGUCUUGAUUAGUUGCUAAUGGACUAUUUAAUUGAUAAUUGCACAACAGUGAUACUUUUCUUGGCUUCUUUCUUCUUCGGGUUCUCACAUUAGCUCAGUGCAGUGGAGUUCAUACCAGGUUUUCCCAAGUCUAGACAUGCUUUUGUAUUUAUGAACGAAUUAGUGAGUGUCCUGAUUGAGGACAGUAGCCGAAGUUCAGACAGACCACACAGUCUGAGGAAAAGAGUCUUUAUGGGUCAUUGUUUUCCUCCUCUCAGAUCAGCGGCACUGUUUAUUCAGACAUGUGUUAUAUAAGCCAAUUACAACAUCAGAAAUAUCCCCCCUCCUAACUUUCUCCCCUCCUCUUCUAGGCCUCAUCCUCCUCUUCUAUGCUGCACUUUAUAUGUUUCUGGCAGCCAUGUUUGGCGGCUGUUUGUUUUGCCUCAUGUGGUCAAUUAGUCCCUACCACCCCACCUUCAACGAUAGAGUGAUGCCACCAGGUAAAUAUAACCCUGAACGCAGACUACGUCACCCCAAUCUUUUCUGCACUUUUGUCUGUUGCUUGUACUUGAGUCUCAGCACAGUUGACUGUCUCUGGGUCUCCACUGGCAGGUAUGACGAUGGCCCCACACCUAGAGGGCCACGAGAUCGCCUUCAAUGCCUCCGAUCGCAAAUCUUGGAAGAAGUAUGCAAGAAAUAUGGAUGAAUACCUAAGAUGUGAGUCAGUGGGGAUGAGAUUUGGGGAUUCUGAUGAAGUUGCCGGGUUUGAAACAGGCAUGCAAUGAGUUAAUCCUCAUUUUCACCACCUUUGUUCCCGUUUUUCAUUUGGUUCCUGCAGGGCAUGCUGGGAAGGGAAGCCUCUUUGUGGGCAGAGUGCAGCCAUUCAAUGUAUUUUUUUUAAACGCCCAGCUUUUGUCAAGCUUCCUUAAUCAGAGGCCUGAGUCUGGCAGGGCAUUGCUGUAGCGAGGGUUUAUUUAUGCCCUCCCCCUCCCUCCCCUCUCCUGUUUUUUUUUCAGCGUAUAAUGAUGGUGCUCAAGACAGGAAGAAUAUUCGCUGCUCACAGGACAGAUACUUCAUGCAGGACGACCUGGAGGAGAGUGCAGAGCGGAAAGCCUGUCAGUUUAAGAGGUCCUGGUUGGGGGACUGUUCGGGGCUGCAGGACCCCCACUAUGGCUACUCUCAGGGAAGGCCAUGCAUCCUCCUCCGAAUGAACCGGGUAAGAAGAGUGCAAAUCUGUGGAGCAGAAGAGAGACCAUAACAGAAACUGACUGUAGUAUUCUCAAUCAGGGACACCUUGUGGUCAUUUCAAACACGUGAAUACAUGCAGAAUUUUAUCUUCCUGGAAAGGACAAUCUAUUUUAUUUUAACGUUUAUGUAACAGGGACAGUACAUACAACACUGCCACAAAAAAUGGAACAGCUAACUUGCAGUCUUUGUCCCUGGUCAGGCUUUAGUGUAGGAUAAAAUAUACUGAAUACUAUAAUACAACUUUAGUGGAUGGAUAGGUGACAUGAAUAAAUAAACACAGCAACACAAUUUAAGCAAACGUUUGGAUGCCAUUUUUAUCAUUACCAUUAAAAUCCUCCAACUGUAGUUAGCUUUAAGCAAACACAACUACAGCAUGUGCAUCUAACAAAAGGCAUUCAAAGAGAGAUGAUUUAGCAAACUGCGUGCAACCAAAAGUUGAAUUGCACUGACACUUUUUAUUUUCUUCAAAAAGAUUCUUGGUUACUUACCUGGCCAGGGCAAACCAAUAAACGUGACUUGUGGAGUUAAGGUAAAGUAGAUACACACCUUCUUGCUCGUGAUAUAAUCUCGUAUGUAUAAAACCGUCACGUAAGUGUCUCUGUUCUCUCUUUCAGAAAGGGCCUCCAGAAGCUUUGGGGGAAAUACAGUUUUUUCCCAAAAGCUUUUUCGAACUGAAGUACUACCCUUACUAUGGGAAGCUCAGACACGUGAGUGAGAGUUUCAUCCUUGUAACGAAACAUGAACACGUCAUUCAAGUCCAAAAUGACAACCAUUUAAACCCAUGUGUUUCAGGUAAACUACUCUUCACCGGUGGUAGCUGUGCGUUUCGCAGGAUUGCAGUACGACACUCACUUCCAAAUACAGUGCAAGCUGAAUGGAAAGGGCAUCAUCAAUGAUUCACCCACUGACCGCUAUCUGGGCAGUGUCACCUUUUCCUUGGAUGUCGGAGCGUGAACAGGAGGUUCUGACAAUGAGGCAUAAAAAUAUACACAAAAGGUUGAUGAUAUACCAUUUUUUUUUCAUGAAUUAUGAAAUUACCCUCGCCUCACCUUUACUCAAAUAUCCAUGUUUUUUGCUGUGAAACAAAUUCCUUGAGAAUUAGCUAUUUACUUGUGUGUUUCUGAUGUAUCUUUGUACCUUGAGCAUGCUAUUGGCACCUGCACACCAAACACACAGUGCUGAGCACAGGACAAGUGCGUAGAGUGAGUUGCAAUUCCUGAUAAUUCAUAAUGAUUAGUAGAUUAAUCAAACUAAAGUAAACUUUGCCCAACAGGUAGCAGUUUUGGCUAUGCAAAUCCAAUUAUGACUUAAACAUUAAACAGCGAUUAGAUAUUAUGUUUAUCAAAUUAGAUAAUGUUUUUGUGUGAAUUUUUUCAAUGUGAUAAAGCGUACUAAUUGUUUUUGGGUUUGCAUUAUAUUUUUUAAACAUGUAUAUUGUGAGAAUUCAAAGAACUAUCAUGCAAACACUGAGAGCAGGACUUGUACUGUACUUACACAGUAAAAAAAUAAAUGAUUGCAAAUACAGUAUUACUUUAUUUUUGUCAAGUAGAGUAGUGUUAUACAUUUAUGAUAAAGCAUCACAUGCCUCUUCGCUCCCGCUUUUGUAAAAACAUUUGCUUUUGAGAAUGAUAUACUACAUGUGACUGAUCAAUGAAGAGAGAUCCCAUACUGUGAAAUAGUUUGUAAAAGGUCAGUACCAGUUAAGUAAAAAGUAACUGUUUCCUUGUAGUACUAAUCCUGCCUGAACUGUGCCACUAAACCCGGUAUCAAUGUUGUAUUUAUUCAAAUGAUAGUUCUUGUAAUAAAUACAGAGUCCUCUUAUGAAGCUUUG